AAGACUUGAAUUGAAUUUUUGAUUUGCUUAGACGCUAUUCUAUCAUUUAUCUUUGAGCUGUGUUAGCGACUAGAGCACGGCAGUUGUGUUAGCUUAAAACUCACAAUGACGGACCAAAUGAUUAAUCGCUCUUAUUUGACGCUGAUAAUAAUGCUGCAAAUAUUAAUGCUCACCAAUGCUGUCGAUAAUGAGCAGAUUAUUUUCGAAAACGAACAUAAAGAUAUAAAUUGCCGAUCGCCAAAUGGCUCGCCUGGACUAUGUCUACUUUAUACAGAAUGUGCAAAUCUAACAAAUUGGAGAAUACAAAAUAAUAUACAACAUCCGAGUGAAGUGAAGAAAAUGUUUUGCCAAAAUGAUCAAGUCCACCUUUGCUGUAACCGAACCAAUUAUUACUUCCCCGCCACCAAUUACAUAUCACAAUUAAAUCCUAAAGGCUUGGCUAUACUCGAGGAAGUAAAAUGUAAUCGACUAUCAGGGGAUCGUGUUUCCAAUGGAAAAACAGUACGACUAGGUCAAUAUCCAUUUAUGGCACUAUUAAAAUACAACGUUAGGGGUCGCCAAUUUUUAUGUGGUGGUACAUUGAUAACCUCCAGAUUCGUGUUGACGGCUGCCCAUUGUAAAACAGAUCAAUUAAUUAGUGUGCGCUUGGGAGAACAUGAUCUCUCUACAGAUGUGGACUGUAUUAGCUCUUCGAUACGCCUAUGUUUGCCGCCACCGGUGGAAUAUGAAAUCGAGGAAAUCUUCGAACAUCCUCAAUAUAUGAUUCCCCGCCUUACGCAUGAUGUGGCCUUACUAAAACUGAAACGUGAGGUGAAAACUGAAGUACAUAUUAGACCCAUUUGUUUGCCAAUUUCGCAAGUCGUCUACGAUCAUAGCGAUGAAAUACAACACUUUAACAUUGCCGGCUGGGGACGUACCGAAAAUAGUCAUAACACAAAUGUUUUGCAGCAUGCACAAAUUCCCCAGCAACCACGUGAGGUUUGUCAGAGGAUAUUCGCUGCAGCCGGCAUAAAUAUUACCCACGAUCACAUUUGUGCUGGCGGUGAGAAUAAAAUCGAUACCUGUAAGGGCGAUUCUGGUGGCCCUCUGUUUGCAACUGUGCCGUUUAAGACAUUCAAUUCCGUGAUAAUAAAGCGUCAAGUGCAAUUUGGUGUUGUUUCGUUCGGUUUAACCGGUUGCGGCGGUGAAAAUGUUAAUGCGGCUGCCUAUUCAAAUUUAUUUCAAUACAUGCCAUGGAUCACAGAAAUCAUAGGGAACAAUACAUGAAGAACUGUAAUGCUGUAUUUAACAUAUAUUUUAAAAUAUAAUAUAAAAUUCCUCUACCUCAUAA